GUGAAGGGAACGGAUCGUAAGUUCCGUGAUUCUUAAAAAGUGCAUUUAUAUACAUUUCACCUUUACAUUAAAUAAAAAAAACUCACUUGAUAAAAUGUCAUAAAUUCAACUGAAGAUAAUGUGAAAUAUAAAUAAAGAAAAUAGUUUAAACCAUCAAAUAUUGUGAUACAUUUCUUGAAUGUCUCAAGUCUUCAAGAAAGCCAAGGUUGGAGGAAUAAGACUGUCGAAUAAACAGUGCUCCAAAUAUGUUCAUAAGCUAAGUUAUUUAGCUCCACUUCCAAACAGUGUGUUCAAAAAGUGUUUACGUUGUAUUUUAUAGAAUAAAACAAGUGAAAUAAUAUUUAGUGUCCAUCUCAAAUUUCAAAGUGACAGUUGAGAUUACUAGUCACGCUUCGUAGAAUUUAUUUGAAAGAAAUAAAGAAACGUUUUACAAGUUUUCUUUUAAACAGGUGUGAAAGAGAGUGCAAAGAGAGUGAAUAAAUUUAUAACAAAGAGAUCUAUCUUAAAUGCAACAUAGGAAAGCUAAAGGAAGAUAUUGAACAAUCAUGUUCGUCUUCGUGAUGUUGAUACCCUUGUUAGGGUUACUGCCAUUACAAAUAAAUGGAGCAAAAUGCGGCCAUCCAGCGGUGCCAAUGAACUCCAAGGUUUCUCUGUCAGACGAUUCACUGUCAGCUGGUACUUUGGCGACUUAUACGUGUGAUGCAGGUUACGAACUCUUCGGAUCAUCAAUUAUAAAAUGCAGUAAUCAAGGGAGAUGGCAAGGAGAAUUACCAUUCUGUGGAACAAAUGUUGCUCUUCGUAAACCUGCUAAUCAAUCGACAACAGUCAGAGGUGGUGAUGCGAGUCAUGGGAAUGAUGGAGAUGUUGGAACGGAGCAUGAUGGAAAGCGAUGCACUGAAACUCAGAAAGAACCUAGUCCUUGGUGGAAAGUUGAUUUAUUGAAGCCAUAUGCCAUUAAAGUUGUCCGAGUAACUACACGUGGUUGUUGUGGCCAUCAACCACUUCGAGAUAUUGAAAUAAGGGUUGGUAACAGCAGUGCUGAACUCCAAAGAAAUCCAUUAUGUGCAUGGUUCCCUGGUACUAUUGAGGAAGGAAUUACAAAAACCUUCGUUUGUGCAAGAGCACUUGUGGGUGAAUAUGUAUUUCUUCAACUAGUUGGUGUUGAAGGAAGUCUUAGUGUCUGCGAAGUCGAAGUUUUUGCUACUGAUGAGUAUUCCAUUGACAGAUGCGCACAUGUAGGAACACCUGCUGAUGCUGACAUUGCGGUGUUUAAUUCCACUUGUUAUGAAUUUAUCGUAACCAAAGGUGGGUCAUUUCAAGAUGCACGAAGUUACUGUCAAUCUAGGGAAGGAGAUCUAGUUCAUGAUUUUAAGGGAAUUACUUCAACUUUCAUUUUAAAUAAUCUUGACAAAAGAAAAGACAAGUUAAAAACUCAACUUGUAUGGAUUGGAGCACAAAAAGAGCCAUCAAUUACAGCACGUACUUGGCGAUGGGUUGACGGUGAAAUUGUUCAAAAACCUUCUUGGGGAAAAGAUCAACCAAAUAAUUAUAACGGCGAACAAAAUUGUGUUGUUUUUGAUGGAGGAAGAAAUUGGCUGUGGAAUGAUGUUGGAUGCAAUUUAGAUUAUCUCCAUUGGAUUUGUCAAAGCAAGCCUUCAUCAUGUGGGAGUCCAGAGAAAUACGAGAAUACAACAAUUAUUGGAUCUAAAAGAACUAUUGGAGCAACGAUUGAUUAUAUGUGUCCGGAUGGAUAUAUGUUGAUUGGUACUAAAUCUAGAACGUGCGAACCAAAUGGGUUCUGGAGUGACAAACCUCCCACAUGUAAAUUUGUCGAUUGCGGAAAGCUUCCUGAAUUAGAAAAUGGAGAAAUAGAAUUUGUGAAUAAUAGAACAACUUAUGGUGCAGUGGUUAAUUAUUCUUGUAAAGAAAAUUAUACUUUAGUAGGUGAUACAACUCGUAAAUGUGGAGAUGGUGGUAUUUGGAGUGGCCAUCAGCCUCAAUGUCUUUUUGAUUGGUGUCCUGAUCCACCGGAAAUCAAUGGUGCUAUUGUAAAAAUAACAGGAAAACGUGCUGGCUCAACAGCAACUUAUUCAUGUCAAAAUGGUUUCAUUCUAUUUGGAGAUAAUGUUUUAACAUGUGAUGUUGGUGGUGGAUGGUCUGGAAAAGCUCCUCAGUGUCGAUUUGUUGACUGUGGUACUCCUGCCCAAAUUGAAUUUGGAGAGGUAAUUCUUAUAAAUAGAACAACAACUGUAGGAAGUUUAGCAACGUAUACUUGCCAAGAAGAUUAUUGGUUAGUAGGAGAUGCUACGCAUGAAUGCACCAGAGACGGGAAAUGGAAUCAUGAAACUCCUUCAUGCGAAUUGAUCACUUGUGAAGAACCUGAAGUUCCAGCUGGAAGUUAUGUUGUAGGAUAUGAUCUCAAUGUUCAUAGUUCCAUUGAGUAUCAUUGUGAGGCUGGUUAUCUUUUAACCGGUGAAGCAAGACAUACAUGCCAGAAAAAUGGAGAAUGGUCGGGACAAGUUCCAAUUUGUAAAUACAUCAACUGUGGAAAAGUUUUACCUAUUUUGAAUGGUGUUAUAGAAUAUAUUAAUGGAACAACACAUUUAGGAAGUGAAAUAUCUUAUACUUGUUCGAAAAAUUACCGAUUAAAUGGUGUUAAACAACGAUACUGUCUUGAUAAUGGACAGUGGAGUGAUGCUACACCAAAAUGCGAAGAAAUACGGUGUUCUGAACCUGUGCUAGCGGAACAUGGUAUUCUUUCAGUUACUGGCAAUGACAGGAUGUACGGAAGAACAUUAAUACGUACUGGCACUGCGGAAAAUUUAAAUACCGGUGCAACAUCAUAUAAAAUAGGGGCUCUAGCAAAAUAUAGGUGUGAAAGAGGAUAUAAGGUUGUCGGUGAACCAUUGUCAACUUGUGAAGACAAUGGUAAAUGGAGUGGAGAAGUACCACAAUGUAUCUUUGUCGAUUGCGGUAAACCUGAUGAUAUAAAUCAUGGACAUUAUACUUUAACAUCAAAUGCAACAUAUUACGGAGCCGCUGCUCUCUACGAGUGUGAUGCUAAUUACGAAUUAGAUGGUUUUGCUAGAAGAUUAUGUCUAGAAAAUGGAACAUGGAGUUCUGAAACUCCAAUAUGUCGAGAAAUUAAAUGUAAAGAUCCAGAUAAAGUCCCACCACUUUCAGUUCAAAUAUCAACUCAUAGUAUUGGUGGAGUAACACGUUAUGCUUGCCCUCGUGGUUAUUAUAUGGAAGGAAAUGAUACAAGAAUAUGUUUACAAAAUGGAUCUUGGAGUGGAUCUAUGCCCGUUUGUUUUGCCAGAGAUUGUAAACAUCCAGGAUCAAUUGAUAAUGGUAGAGUUAUCGUAGUAAAUGAAUCAACUUUAUUUGGUGGAGCAGCAGAAUAUCACUGUUUACCUCAAUAUGAACGUGUUGGACCUUUUCUCAGAAAAUGCUUAGAUACUGGAAUGUGGAGUGGUGAAGAGCCUCAUUGUAGAAUGGUGUCAAAUGAAAUAGCAGAAGCCCAAGGUGUUGGUACAAGUGUGGGAAUUGCAGCUGGAGUCAUAAUUUUUAUUCUUAUCAUCCUAGGAUUAGUUUAUUUACGAUUACGAAAAGCAACACCAGUCAAAAAUACGGAAAAUGUUCAAGCAGCAGAACGAAAGGAAGAUCAAAAUGCUGCAGUAAUGUCUUAUGCAAGUUUAAAUGAUGGCUCAACUAAUCCAAGAAUGUAUGAAAAUGUUCCAGAAGAGGGUCUUUAUGAUAAUCCAUAUAGUGGAGGUGGAUAUGGAUUUCCAAGUCAAAAUGGAAGAAGAAUGUAUAAUAGAUCAAGUCAUUAUGAAGCUGAACCGAUACCAAGAAAUGGUAUUACUAUCAAUGGCCUUGCGGUUCGAUAAUUGGAUAGAUAAAUUAUUAAUUAACAUUCAAAAAUGAUUGCAUUUGUCAUAUUUAAAUCAUGUUCUAAUUUAUCGUAAUAUAAAUAUAAUGAAUAGGAUAAUAAAAUUGUACAUAAUUUUAAUGAUAAUGAGAUCUUGAAUGUAUGAGGGAAUA